AAUGUGUCAUAUUUAACAGAGAACUUAAAUAUUGAUAAAUAUUGAUAAUUAUUAAAAUACAUACAAGAUGACGAGCAGUCAAAUAGUGUCGGAUUUGAUUUUGGGCUUGAAAUCCCGCCACACAGAAACUCGACAUAAAGCAAUCCGGGAACUGCAGAAUUUCGCUAAACUAGAUCUUCGGGAGAUGCCACAAGAUGCUUUAACUCAAGUACUAGAUGAAUUCAGUCAACAAAUUCACAUAAUGACUUCAAGCUACGACAGCAACGACAAAAAGGCAGGACUUUUGACCAUAGUUUGCCUUAUAUGCAGUGAUUCAGAGGCAAAUAAAACAAGAAUAACUCGCUAUGCUCAUUAUUUGAGAAAUAUAUUCCCAUGUAGUGAUAUGAAUAUUUUGGAACUAGCUGCAAAGACAGUGGGAAGAAUAGCAACAUCGCUUGGCAUUAAAAGGGGGGAGUAUGUAGAAAUGGAGAUAAAAAGAGCCUUUGAAUGGUUAACUGGGGAGAGAAAUGAAGCAAAGAGACUCUCUGCAUGCCACAUUUUAAGAGAACUAGCGAUUGCCAUGCCAUCUUUCUUUUUUCAGCAUAUUAACAGUUUUUUUAACUAUAUCAUGACAGCAGUCCGUGAUCCAAAAGAACAGGUAAGAGAAGCUGCAGCCAGAGCAAUAAGAGCCGCUUUUGUAGUGACAUCUCAGAGAGAAAUACCAGAACAAAGUAACAAGGCUCACUGGUACAUUCAGUGCUAUGAGGAAGCUGUCAAAUCUUUCUCUGACCAAAUGAGAGAGCGAUUUAUGAGUAGAGAUGAGCAUGUUCAUGGAGCUUUAUUAAUUUUGAAUGAACUUUUCCGCUGUUCAAAUUCAAACUGGGAGAAGAAAUACACUGCCCUAAUGCAGAAACUUGACUCAGAACAAGAAAUAUCUGAUGAGAUGUCAACAUUUAACCUGAAAUCCUAUAACACAUUUACAUACAAAUUUGAUGAUAAAAACCAACAGCUUGUUAUUUUGGAAUCGUCAAUAUGUAAAAAGUUAUUGAUGGAAAACUAUGAUAAAACAUCAGUAGACGUAAUGGCUCAACAGAUAUCAAGAUCUCACAGUGUUCAUCAGAUGCUUCUUUUAUUGAUACCAAGACUAGCAGCAUUUAAUAGAGAAGCAUUUGCUAGAAAACAUCUUAAAUCCACAAUCAAUCAUUUGAUUACUUUUUUGAGAGGCAGGGAAAAAGAGAAAGCAAUGGCUUUCACGACAUUAGGACUAAUUUGCAUUGGAGUCGAAGAAGAUAUUAAACAGUACUUGCCUCGAAUUAUAGAAAUCAUAAAACAAACUUUUCCCCUCAAAGAUGUACCAAGGAAAAAAAAUGGAAUAGAUUCACCCUUGUUUCAUUGUGUCACAUUACUAGGUAUUGCAAUGAAAGAAAAUGUCGCAAACGAAAUAAAAGAAAUUCUUGACCCUAUGUGUGCAACUGGACUUAGCUCACAGUUGACAACAUGCUUUAAAGAGUUAAGUCAGAAAGUGCCAUCUUUGAAAAAAGAUAUAACCGAUAGACUGCUUAAUAUCUUGUCCUUGAUAUUAAGGAAGAAACCAUAUAUGUCCAGUAGUGCAGAAUCACCCUCUCUACAUGCACUAUCUAAAGCUUUAUUGGUAGAACCACACGAUGCCGUAAAAUUAGUCUUAGCAUUGCAUACUUUGGGUACAUUUGAUUUUGAGUGGAACAAUACUUUAAUGUCGUUUAUUCGAAGAUGUACUGAUCAUUAUUUACAAUGUGAGCAACAGGAUGUGCGACUAGAGGCAGUUAAAACUGUUGCAAAGUUGCUUAUCAAGGCAAUUGAACGAUGUUCAGUUACUAAUUCACGAACGUUAAAUACUUUGAUUGACGAAUCCCUUGGUAAACUUUUAUCCAUUGGUCGCUCAGAUUUUGAUCACGAAAUACGAUAUAAAGUCCUCGAAAUAUUUACUAAUCCAAUAUUUGACAAAUAUUUAGCAGUGGAGGAACACCUAAGUUGUUUAUUUGUAGCCAUCAAUGAUUCAAAUAGCGACGUGAGUGAAUUGGCACUAUGUGUUACUGGAAGAUUGAGCAAUAUAAACCCGAGUUACACUACACCAGUACUGCGGCAACUAUUCGUUCAAAUUUUAAUGGAAUUGCAAUACUCGGAAUCAGCUCGCAAUAAAGAGCAGUCCCUUAGAAUGGUGAACAAUAUCAUUUCUCAUGCGCCGCGAUUGACGCAACAGUUUGUAGAUACGAUUUUAAAAGUGUUUGUACCGAAAUUGAGAGAAGAGGGAACAAAUUCAACUAUGAUAUCUAUAAUUCUAAAGUCUAUAGGGGAUCUGGCUGAGGUACAUGGUGGCGGCAAUGCUUUAAUUAACUGGUUGCCAGAAUUAAUAUCGAUGCAACUCGAAAUUUUGUCAGAUCCCAAUCAACCUGAGAAGAAAAGUGUAGCUCUAUGGUCUUUUGGUCAAAUUAUUGGUGCGAUCGGUUAUGUUGUGACACCAUACAUGUCAUAUCCAAAUCUCAUGGAUAUGCUACUAAAUUUCUUAAAGACUGAGCAACAUCCUGUAGAUAGAAGAGAAACGAUUCGUGUUCUAGGUCUUCUAGGUGCUCUAGAUCCAUACAAACAUAGAGUAAAUCAGGGACUAAUUGAUUUCCAAACAAUAUCUACAUUAAUUCCUGUACCAGAUACAUCAUCUUCAAUUGACAACAUCGACAUUAAUGUAAGUGAAAUGCUCGUCAGUAUGUCACCACUAGUUUUGGACGAGUUCUAUCCAGCCAUCGCAGUAACGUCGCUGAUGCGUAUACUACGUGAUCCUUUACUUGCUCAACACCACACUAGUGUAGUCCACUCUGUCACAUAUAUUUUUCAAACUCUGGGUAUUAAAUGCGUCCCAUAUAUCUCACGUGUUACUCCGAGUCUUUUAUAUGUCAUUCGAACUACGGAUAACCAAAAUUUUAGAGAAUUCCUAUUCACGCAGUUGGCAUUACUUAUUUCUGUGGUAAAAAUCCAUAUUCGGGCGUAUUUAGAAGACAUAUUUGAUCUAAUAAGGGAAUAUUGGACCCCAGAGAGUCCUUUGCAACCCACACUUAUAUUACUGGUGGAGCAUAUAACGGUGGCUAUCGGUACAGAAUUCAAAGUAUAUCUGAGGAAGAUACUACCAAACAUUUUAAGAGUUUUGAAAAAUGAUAAAAGUAAGGAUAAAAUAUUAACCGAAAAAUUAUUGUUAGCCAUUCAGAAGUUUGAAAAUAAUUUGGAUGACGUUCUAUUAUCGGUAGUACCGGCUAUAACCGGGCUUUUUGAUGGAAGGAACGUACCGAUAUCGAUAUCAAAAUUGGCAAUGGAAACGAUUGAGCACUUGGCCAUGUAUCUGUACUUUAAACCUUACUCAGCAAUGAUAAUUCAAACAUUGGCCAAGGUAUUGGAAAACAGUCCAGCCCUGCAACAAACGGCCAUGAACACUUUAUGUGCUCUAGUCGUCCAAAUGGGGCGUGAAUACAUAGACUACAUUGCUUCGAUAGACAGAAUAUUAGUCAAACAUAAAAUUCAGUGUCCAAAUUACAUUGUGUUAGUAACCAGGCUGCAGGUUAUAUCUACCCUAGCCUCAGACGACGACUAUCUUGACGAAACAAGGUUACGCAUUCGAAAUCUAAAGAAAAGUGUGGUCAGUAAUGAUCCUCAAACGAUCCAGAAAUUGGCACUCAACGUGGAAAAACUUCGAAAGUGUUGGAUGGUCAACAAUGUAAUAUCAAAAGAAGAUUGGUUAGAGUGGCUACGCCAGCUAAGCAUUGGAUUUCUCACUGAGUCCAACAGCCCAGCGAUUAGAGCUUGUUCCAGCUUAGCGCAAAAUUAUCCACAACUAGCGAGUGAUUUAUUUAACGCGGCUUUUAUGUCGUGUUGGACAGAGUUAAGCGAACAGUCCCGUAAUGAACUAGUGAUAGCCUUAGAACGAGUGCUCCGAGUUCCUGAUGCUCCAGAAUUGGCUUUAGUUGUUCUAAACUUGGCAGAAUUUUUGGAACAUUGCGAAAAAGGCGCGCUACCUAUAUCCAUUAAAGUUCUUGGCGACACCAGUAUAGCGUGCCGAGCGUAUGCAAAAGCUCUUUAUUACAAGGAAGAGGAGUACCGAAGAAAUCCUUCGACCCAAGUGGUCGAGGCACUCAUACAUAUAAACAAUAAAUUACAACAAAAAGAAUCUGCAAAUGGGCUAAUUGAAAAAGUAAUUGCACAGAAAAAGAACGGAGACUGUUCUCUGAAUGUCCACGUUCGUUGGUACGAGAAACUGCAUAACUGGGACCAAGCAUUGGAACUUUACAACAAAAAGUUGGAUGACGAACCUGAAGAUAGUGAAUCGAAACUGGGAAUGAUGAGAUGCUUAGAAGCUUUGGGAGAGUGGCACAAACUCUAUAACAUUACCACAGAAGAAUGGGAUUCAAUGAACGAAGAUAUUCGAAAGAAAUCAGCAAAAAUUGCUGCUGCUGCGUCUUGGGGGUUACAAGAAUGGGAUUCUAUGAAAAAAUAUGUAAAUUGUAUUCCUGAUGAUACUCAAGAUGGUGCUUUUUACAGGGCGAUAUUAUCAAUCCACGAGGGAAAUUGGUCCGAAUCUAGACAUUAUGUCGACACAGCGAGGAGCGUCUUAGAUGCCGAAUUGUCAGCCGUAGUUGGUGAAAGUUAUCAGAGGGCAUACGGGGCUUUGGUAAAUGCUCAGUUAUUAACGGAAUUGGAGGAAGUUGUAACAUACAAACUUGUCGAAGAAAGAAGAGGCAUAAUUCAUAGAACUUGGUGGACAAGGUUACAAGGUGGGCAGCGAUUAGUCGAGGAUUGGCGAAGAAUGCUCCAAAUUCGCACCUUAGUUAUGACCCCUCGAGAAGAUUUCCAGACAUGGUUAAAGUUUGCAUCUUUAUGCAGAAAAACAGGUGCCGUUAAUCAGGCGCACAAAAUAGUUCUCUCGGUUUUAGGUUGCGAUCCAAUGUCGAACUCUGACGUACUUUUAAGGAAUCAAGACCCAAGAAUUGUUUUAUCCUACAGCAAAAACUUAUGGGACGCGGGAAAUAAACGAUAUGCUUACGAUGUUUUGCAAAGAUUUGUGGAUACAUCCGAACCAGAUAACGAGGAGCACUGUCGACUACUAGCACGCUGUCACUUAAAGUUGGGUUCUUGGAGCGAAUCUCUCCAAGAAAUUAACGAGCUGUCUAUACCGGAAAUUUUAAGGAACUAUGAUGCAGCGACUAACCUUGCACCAGAAUGGUACAAGGCCUGUCACGCAUGGGCGUGCAUGAAUUUUGAGACUGUCUUGUUCUAUAAGCAACAAGAUAAUAUGUCUGAGAGUAGUUUAGCUGGGGGGUCCAGCGAGAAAAAAGUAUCAAGGUCUGAAUUCAUCAAUACCUAUACUAUACCUGCGAUCAAAGGAUUUUUUAAAUCCAUUAGCCUAUCAAACGGAAGUUCUUUGCAAGAUACGUUGCGGCUGCUAACUCUUUGGUUUGAUCAUGGGCAUCAUCCUGCAGUGUAUGACGCUUUGUUUGAAGGUAUCCGACAAAUCGACGUCAAAAUAUGGCUACAAGUUAUACCACAACUUAUUGCUAGAAUAGAUUCUCCAAGGAGUUUAGUAGCAAAAUUAGUGCAUAUCUUGUUGAUAGAUAUUGGCAAGUUACAUCCGCAGGCUUUGGUUUAUCCUUUAACCGUUGCCACAAAGUCUUCGUUUGUGACGCGAAAAAAUGCCGCGAAUUACAUUCUCAGAACUAUGUGUACGCAUUCGCAAAAGCUCGUCAACGAAGCUGAAAUUAUAUCAGAGGAAUUGAUUAAAAUUGCUAUGUUGUGGCAUGAUCAAGUCUACACUGCGUUGGAAGAUGCCUCCAGGUUAUACUUUAGUGAAAAGGACUACAGGGGCAUGUUUAGGACCCUCGACAAAAUGCAUGCAAUGCUCGAUCAGCCACCAGAGACAUUAAAGGAGGUGUCAUUUCUACAAAUGUACGGUCGGGAUUUGCACGAAGCUCAGCGCUGGUGUGAAAUGUACAAGGAGACCAGCGAGGACCGGUAUCUUAACGAGGCGUGGGACCUGUACUGUCACGUGGUGCGGCGCAUCGGCGCUCAGUUCCGCUCGCACACGUCAUUGGAGCUGCAGUACGUGAGCAGACGACUCCACGCGUGCCGCGACCUGGAGUUGGCCGUGCCCGGCUCCUACGUGCCCGACGAGCGCGUGAUUCGCAUCGCACACAUCAACACCCACUUGCAGGUAAUAAAGUCAAAACAACGCCCGCGUCGUCUCACUAUACAAGGCUCGGACGGAAAGCAGUACAUGUUCCUACUCAAAGGCCACGAAGACUUACGUCAAGAUGAACGAGUAAUGCAACUUUUUGGCCUCGUCAACACACUACUUCAAGCAGACACAAAUACAUACAGGCACGAUCUAGCCAUACAGAGAUAUGCGGUCAUACCUUUGUCUCCCAACUCCGGCUUGAUCGGUUGGGUGCCACAAUGCGACACCCUUUACAAUCUAAUAAGCGAUUACAGAGAUAAGAAAUCUAAUAAGAUGGCAUUGAACACUGAGCAGCAGAUUAUGUUAAGGAUGGCGUCGGAUUACCAAAAAUUGAUGUUGAAACACAAGGUGGAAGUCUUCGAAUACACUCUAUCCCAGACACCAGGGAAUGACUUAUCCAGACUCCUUUGGCUUAAGAGUCCAUCUGCCGAGGCCUGGUUCGAGCGUCGCACGAACUACAUCCGCUCUCUCGCGGUUAUGAGCAUGGUGGGCUACAUUCUAGGGCUGGGAGACCGACACCCAUCUAACAUCAUGCUGCAUAGGGUGACGGGGAAAGUGUUGCAUAUCGACUUUGGGGACUGCUUCGAGGUCACGCAAACGAGGGAACGGUUUCCGGAGAAGAUACCGUUUAGAUUGACCAGGAUGUUGAUAAAUGCUAUGGAGGUUACCGGAAUAGAAGGCUCAUACAGGUUCACCUGCGAGUCAGUGAUGCACGUACUCCACAAACAUCGCGACAGUGUGAUGGCAGUAUUAGAAGCUUUCGUAUACGAUCCGCUGUUGAACUGGAGGCUUAUAGACAACGAAAAACAUUCUAUCACAGAAUCGACCUUCUCAUCAGACAUCGAUUCAUCGUAUUCUCUACCGAGCAGGAGUAGAAAUCACCUGCGAUACGAGUCCUUAGAAAUGCCACCAGAAUCUAAUCUCAAUAAGCGAGCUCUUGCUAUUUUAAAUCGUAUUAGAGACAAGCUGACGGGAAGGGAUUUUCCCCAAAUAGAAGCUGUGGUAAGUGUACCAAAGCAAGUUGAUUUGUUGAUUAAAAUCGCUACGAACAAUGAGAAUUUGUGUCAGUGCUACAUUGGAUGGUGUCCGUUUUGGUGAACUUUUAAUUUUGAGUUGUUUUUUUCAAACAAAAUAGUUUUGUAAGUGAACCAGUGUCCCAAAGACCGAUAUAAUGUCCGUAACAAGACGGAUAAACCAAGGCAAAAAAAAAAACAAACGUUACAAAAUGCUAUUAAAAACCAAUUCCAAAUCUACUACAAAGAAAAAAAAAGUGCAAACGCGACAGAAGUGAAACUUCUUCAAAGUACAAGCCAACGAGAGAUAAAAAUCGAUAUUAUGAAAAUGAAGCUUAGUUUCCUAUACUCCACGAAAAGCAGAAGAAUCUGUAUGGUGUAAUUUAUAAUUCCUUCAAUCUUUAUACUCCACAGUCCACACAAAAACAACUUCAACAAUGUGUUAAGCCAAUUAACAUUGAUUCAUUGUAAAGUCAACAUCUCCUGAGGAUGCUCCGGCUUCGGAGCCGAAGA